AUGAUGUGCGCGCGGCCAGCUCGCAGCUUACGCGCUCCAGCCAGCCGCCCGGGUUGUGCUGCGUGCUGUGCUACGUACGUAUCGAGCCAGGCGGCGAAGCGGCGCUCGGGCGGCGAGGGUGCGGCGUGCGUCUUGAGGCGGUGCAAGGAUGAUGUGCGCGCGGCCAGCUCGCAGCUCACGCGCUCCAGCCAGCCGCCCGGGUUGUGCUGCGUGCUGUGCUACGUACGUAACGAGCCAGGCGGCGAAGCGGCGCUCGGGCGGCGAGGGCGCGGCGUGCGUCUUGAGGCGGUGCAAGGAUGA